GCCGAAUGCUUAGUCUAUUCGAUUGUCUACAUCAAGCUGCCACUACAUCUACUCCAUCCUCCCAAAUCACUCGCAUUUUCAAUUUUGCACCACAGAGAAACAAAACUCAAGCACUCAACUCAUCAAUGGCGGAUACUCAAGGCAAAGUAAUCACCUGCAAAGCGGCGGUGGCCUGGGAACCCAACAAACCUCUUACCAUCGAGGAUGUCGAUGUUGCACCGCCGCAAGCCGGCGAAGUUCGUAUCAAAAUUCUAUACACAGCUCUUUGUCACACCGAUGCCUACACUUGGAGUGGCAAGGAUCCUGAAGGUCUCUUCCCAUGUAUUCUUGGUCAUGAAGCUGCAGGAAUUGUGGAGAGUGUCGGUGAAGGAGUAACUGAAGUGCAGCCUGGAGACCAUGUUAUUCCAUGCUAUCAAGCAGAGUGCAGAGAGUGUAAAUUUUGCAAGUCAGGGAAGACAAACCUCUGUGGAAAGGUUAGAGCAGCUACUGGAGUUGGAGUUAUGAUGAAUGACCGCAAGAGCCGUUUUUCUGUGAAGGGGAAACCUAUUUAUCACUUCAUGGGAACUUCAACAUUUAGUCAAUACACUGUUGUACAUGAUGUUAGUGUUGCAAAAGUUGAUCCACAAGCUCCCUUGGAAAAAGUAUGCCUUCUUGGUUGUGGUGUGCCCACUGGUCUUGGAGCUGUCUGGAACACUGCAAAAGUAGAACCUGGGUCUAAUGUUGCUAUUUUUGGCCUUGGAACCGUAGGCCUUGCUGUUGCAGAGGGUGCUAAAACUGCAGGUGCUUCACGGAUCAUUGGUGUAGAUAUUGACCCCAAGAAGUUUGACGUAGCUAAGAAUUUUGGAGUGACAGAAUUUGUGAAUCCAAAAGAUCACAACAAACCCAUACAGCAAGUGCUUGUGGAUCUCACUGACGGUGGAGUUGACUAUAGUUUUGAGUGCAUUGGAAAUGUUUCAGUGAUGAGGGCUGCCUUGGAGUGUUGCCAUAAAGGGUGGGGAACAUCUGUUAUCGUGGGUGUUGCUGCCUCUGGUCAGGAGAUAUCUACUCGUCCUUUCCAAUUGGUGACUGGUCGUGUUUGGAAGGGAACAGCUUUUGGUGGUUUCAAGAGUCGAUCUCAAGUUCCCUGGCUCGUUGAGAAGUAUAUGAAGAAGGAGAUCAAGGUUGAUGAGUAUAUUACCCAUAAUAUGACCCUUCCAGAGAUCAACGAAGCAUUUGAUCUGAUGCAUGAAGGUGGUUGCCUCCGCUGUGUGUUGGCACUGCAUUAAUAGAUUAAUCGAUGUAUCACCAGUACACAGUGUGGCUAUAGUUGUCGAUGUAUUUCUUUUCUAGCUAUCAUGUCAUUCCAGGUGUGGUAAACAGACAAAACUGGGAAAACUGAUUCAUGUCGAACCCUUUGGAUCUUAUAAAACUGAAAGAUUUCAGCGCUCUA